GUCAACGUCAACGUCAUUGUCUUCCGUCUGUCGAAUUGUGGGACGAUAGGUGCCAUUUUAAUUUCUAGAUUUUUUUCCGAAAAUGGGCUUCUGGAACAGUUCUUUCACAACCAUGGAUAUCAUUUCGAAGAAUUGUCUAAUUUGCAAGGCCUACUCUUAGAAGCCGGCGAGCAUCAAUCGUGUUUCAAUCGCAGUACCUCGUAGGAUCGCUUACGAUCGAUCGACCAUCACUCCGAUUCAUAGAAUUUUCGUUUACAAGAGAAAAUAAAAUGGCGACCAAAGAGGACCGUACGCUCGGUUCGGGCAUCUCCUUCCCCCAGUGGAUGAGGACCAAAAGCCACCAGAAAUUCGAAUUGGAUCCCAACGCCUUUUCGCCGCCCGAACUCGAAGACAGUUUCAUAUUGUACUACAGGCAUCCGAAGAAGGAGACCAAAGCGAACGAAUCGACCGUCAUCAAGGCGAAUCUGCCGGAGAACAUUACCGUUUCGGCGGUGAAAAAGCACCAGGAUUUUUCCCAUCACCCGGUGCCCUGUCAGAAGUACCUGCAAAAUGGAUUAGACAUCAGCCCGAAGGCCCAAACGACCGCCGAGAUGAAGACCAAAUCGUCGGGCACCGACGACGGCUUCAAGGGCGAGGCGGCCCGAUGCGGCAGCUCCAUCAUCAAGGUGGCCACGCAGAUGGUGUCCGGCAGGGCGUCCGGCGGCGGCCGGUCCGAUUGCGGCGGCGGCGGCGAGGAGGAGGCGGCGACGCCGCCGCCGGCCUCCUACCAGCGGCAGCGGCGCGGCAGCAGGAGCCUGCCCGCCUCGCCUUUGACGUCGCCGGGCAACAGCCCAAAGGCCGGCAGGAAGAUGAACAAGUACUUUACCGGGGCGUUCACCGAUGUGGAUAAAUCGAAAGGUAGUUGGCUGUUGUCGAAUUUGCUGGCCAGACGGGAAAUAUCCCAAUCGGUGGGCCAAAUAAAGGAGGAGCUGCCCGAAGAAUUGGGCAAGGCCGCUUCGACGGCGAGCGUUGAUGAUUUCCCGGGAAAACGCCCGGUGGUUUACAAGGCGAAGCCGUCGGAAUUGCGCGAGAUGAAUUUCUGGUCUCCGACUUCGAUGUAAAACGGCUCCCCCGAAAGCUCUCAUUUCUCAUACGAUUUAUUUUAUGUAUUUUUUUUUGUUUGUUUAUCUGAAAGGGUAUUGUUGUUGUAAAACGCGAUUAUGUUAGGUGUAAUUUAGUAUAACUUUUUUCUUCUUCUUUUCGUUUUUAAGUAGUUCUAAAUGAGGUUAAUUUCACGACAUUCCUUCCGUUGCUGUGCGUUUUAUUUAUUUUUCUAUAUCGGUGCUACUUAAAAAUUUAUGCAAAGUCUAAAAUCUCGGAAUUUGAUACUGGAAUGUUCAACGCAAAUUUUUUUUUAUUCAAAUUUAAGUUCUUUCAGUAUUGGUGAUAACGAACAGUAGUUUAAACUCUACUAAAAUUUAUUCUAUAUUAUUUAUUACGAUUUCUAGGACUAAAAUGUAAACGAUUUGUUUUUUUUCUAAUUAAUAUAAAUAAAAUAGGUUAUUUAUUUCGCAUCAAUCACUCAAAUAGGUUGUGUAUUCUAUUCAGUUUUAUAG